GGGAGCGGGAUUAGCGGGCCCGGGGAGGGCAGCGGCUCCGAGUCCUCAGAUCAAUCCGGUUUAUGUGGAGAAUUAUCAGUAAUAAAGGUCCCAAGCCGUAUACUGUAUCCGAGCCCUGACACUGUCCGUCUGUCCGUGUCCGGGCACUCCGCGAGCGUAAUGUCCGCUUAGUACAUAACAACAAAACUGCCCGACCGCGCCUGUACUCAGCCUGUGAAACAUGGAUCCCAGUUUUAUACCCGCCCGCGCCGGUCUGUGCGCAGCACGUACACUGUGACACUGAGCAAUGCUCGCUCCCCCCCUCCCUCUCUGUGUGUGUGUCGGGCCCGCCCGCCCGCGCCUGUCUGUGCAAUCAAUACAGACUGUGUGUGUGUGUGCCGGGCCCGCCCGCUCCAUUCUGCGCGCUGUGUGUGUGCCGGGCCCGCCCGCUCCAUUCUGCGCGCUGUGAGUGUGUGAGUGCCGGUCGGUCCCCGCUCGGUGUGUUGCGGGCAGUGUGUGACUGUCUCUCUCUCUGUCUCCCCGCCUCCCUCCCUCACGUGUCCCGGCAGUCAGUCAGGCGGUGCGGGGCAGGCCGGCCGGGCAGGCAGGCAGGCGGUGCGGGCGGGCAGGGAGCUCCUCACAUGACCCGUGUGUUUGUCCCCGUGAUCAGCUCCGUCAGGCCUCCCGCCUCCUCCCCGGGCCCCGGGCCCCGGCCCUGCACAGCCUGACCCGGGGGAGCGCCCGAGCCCCGACACAUGGACAUGCUGGAUCAGGGCCUCGACUCUACUGCCAGGUGAGAAAUCCAGCCCGGGGCUGCGGCCUAGCCCGAUAUACACCGCGAUAUACCACGAUACCCUGCGAUAUACCGCGAUAUACCACGAUACACAGCCAGAUACCCAGCCAGUUACCCCCCCGGGGGGGCAGAUACCCCCCCCCCAGAUACCCAGCCAUUUACCCCCCCGGGGGGGCAGGUACACAGCCAGUUACCCCCCCGGGGGGGCAGAUACCCAGCCAUUUACCCCCCCGGGGGGGCAGAUACACAGCCAGAUACCCCCCCCCGGGGGGCAGAUACACAGCCAGAUACCCCCCCCCCCCGGGGGGCAGAUAUACAGUUUGUUACUCCAUGUCACCUGCUAGGGGUAAUGGGGCAGUUAUAUCUUAUAUUACCGGGAGGGGCAACGUGUCAUUAUUAUACCCCACAUCAUUAUUGAAGGAUUAUGCCUCAUAACACUAGGGAGGGGGAAAGAUUAUAUUUCACUUUACCUGGCAGGGGGCAACAGUGCAGGAUUAUUCCCCAAUAUUACUAUAAAGGGGGCUGGAUUAUAAACCAUAUUAUUUUAUUACUGGCAUUAUAUAGCGCCAACUUAUUAUAACGCAGAGUUUCACAAAAUUUAUAAAGAAGGAAAUUGAACAAUAAAUGGGGGGCGUCAGCAAUAUUAUACCCCGUAUCAUUGGAGAAGGAUUAUACCCCAUAACAUUAGGAAGGGGGCAACUGUGUACGAUUAUAAUUCACCUUACCUAGGUAGGUGGGAGGAUUCUGUAUCACCAGGAAGGGGGCAACGGGACAGGAUAAUAUCCCAUAUCACAAUAGAGGGAAAACAGGGCAGAGUUAUUAACUAUAUUAUUAUUAUUAUUAUUAUUAUUGGCAUUUAUGUAGCGCCAGUUUAUUCUGCAGCGCUUUAGAACAUUAUGAAUGUGAAAUUCAACAAUACCUAAGAGAAUUACAGGAACAAUAGGUUGAUGAGUAUCCUGUUCACAGGAGCUUACAAAUCAUUAGGAAGGCGGGCAUCGGGCAAGAUUUUAACAUCUAUCACAACGAAGGGACAACGGGGCAGAUUAACAGGGCAACAAGACACGAUUAUAACUGGAUAUUAUCCAGUUUGCAAGGGUGGGAGAAAUUAGGGCCGAUAAUGUGUAUAUUUGUGUGCAGCUUUGCAAUAGACAUAUUUACUAAAUUAUAGCUCAGUAUGGCUUUGUGUUUGCCAAGCCUCCAGCUCAUAGUGGCUUCAUUUGCCAUCAGCUGACGAACACGUAAAGGUGGUGGCAAGAGGGGAAAAGGCGGUAUAUAUCAAGUCACAUUCUCCUUCUGGGUGCCAGCUUUAAAGUGGCCAUGCCUCCUGCUGAGUGGUUGGCUUUGCAAGUGACAGUAUCACUUUAAAUGAUGUUCACUGCAUUCCAUCUAAAGACCGUCUCUUCUUUAAACUGCAGUGGUCCAAUAAGAGUAAUGAUAAAAAAAAGAAUCCUCUAUAUAUUGUGUGCACUCUGCAUGUUAGAGACACAUUUAAGGACCUCAUUCUAUUUGGCAAUAAUAUGUCUUCCGACAGACCCACUCUCCAAUUGGAGAUUACAACAAUAAGCCCAAAGCAAAACUGUCUAUGAUAAUUAUAUAAUGCAAUGCUAACAUUUGCAUACUUGACUGUGCAUGGUGUACGCUAUGCAACAUGAUUGCAAACACAAAUGCAGGAAGGCCAGAAAACUGCUCUAUUGUUGCAUUGUUUGCCAACACUAGAAGGGACUAUUUAAAUUAUAACGCAUUAUAUAUUUUGGAGUAAUUUUUUUUUCAUACAGCAUUUAAAACAUGCUGAUGUGUAAUUCGGGCUUGCUUGGGCAUCCUAAGUUUCUACCUAAACAAACUGUCUACUUAGCUUUCUCUUGAUAAAAUACUACCUUAUCUGAAGUGUGAAUUCCAAGUGCAAGUGUUUUACUGCAGAAGCAUGCAUUUACGCUGAACAAACCUGAAAACCAGUUAAGCAAAAAGACUCAACUUUUAGAUAGAAAGUGGAGAAGGAUUGAAUGUAGCAAAUAUACCUUUUUUAAGAAAAUCAGUUCAUUAUAAAACAUUAAACUAGGAGGUGUAUUCUUCCUUCUCACUUUUGAUAGAUAUGAAUCUUCAACACCUCUACAAUACAAUGAUGUAUUAAAGUGAAAUUCAAAUGAAUAAUACUGCCUAUAGUUUUAUCAGAUACUUAAUGUGAUUUUUUACGUUUUAUCCAUGGUGACUUUUCUAUUUACAAUUAAUGGAAGUUAAUUUAACAAUCUGUGUGUUUGGGUUGGCCCUAUAUUACCAAAUAAUCUACCAGCUCUAUAAUUAUCCAACAGUCACAAUUUAGGGCCCACUGGCGAUAUUGGAGGAAUGCCUCAAAAAUGUUGAGUGGUAAUGUCAUUAAAGGACACUAGAGUCACCAGAACAACUUCAGCUUUAUGUGGUUGUUCCUGCAGGCAUUUUCAUGUAAACACUGCCUUUUCAAAGAAAGGUCAGUGUUUACAUUACGGUCUAGGAACACCUCCAGGGGCAGUUGCCCAGACACCCACUAGAGGUGCUUGUUAGGUCAGUGCUUCACAAUUUGCAGCACUGACAUUGUGUCUCCACUAUCUGCAUGGAGGCGCUGAACUUCCCCCAUAGCGAUGUUGAUUGGCCAAUGUGUCGUUUUGUUGCUCUUGCGCGAUAGCCUCCUACUGCUUAUUAGAAAGCAUUGGUUUGGCUGAGAGAGUUAAUUUUUAUGGUCUCAGCCAAGGGUGCGGCGCCGGAGGACUCGCCUAGCGCUGGAAUUAAUGUGCGUUUUAAUUCCUUUUAGUGAGUGAUGGGUGCCUAAUAUGUGUUCUUAACACUACAAGGUCAGGAAUACAUGUUUGCAUUCCUGACCCUAUAGUGUUCCUUUAAUAUGCAUGCUCGAUCCAAUCUGCUGGUUGAAACUUCAGGCUGGAAUAUCUUUUAAAUGAACACUCAAGUACCAUAACCACUACAGACCAUUGUAAUGAUUUUGGUGCCUGCAGUGUGAUGGCACUGUCACAGAAAAAAUUGUCAAACUUUUUCUAGAGCGUUUUGACACAUUAUUCUGGAUGAUCCCCAGGGCAUUCAUGACACCAUAGCCACUACAGCCAACUACAACUCCCAUAAAUUUCCAGUCAUAUUGAAUGUGCUGCUAUUCAUUUACACACAGCUAUAUUCACUGUUGAAUGAACUGGGCUGCGUGCAGUGAUCUGCAUGAGGGAGGAGAAAGCUCUAUUAAGAUCACGCAUGUGGCAUCCAAAGAGAAUUGUCUACCUGAUUGACAGCUCUGAGGGCUGUCUUACAGCUGCAGCAAACUUUACAUAUUUGACAGUUAUAAGUCUCUGUAGCACAUUAGAGUGGCUGCAGGGUACUCUCUGCACCUUAAAUUUGACAACAAUGAAAUAUGUUAAGGUGUUAGAAAUUAUAACCCUUUAAGGACCAAAUUUCUGGAAUAAAAGGGAAUCAUGACAUGUCACACAUGUCAUGUGUGUCCUUAAGGGGUUAAACUAAUGGAAGGUGCAAGGGAGUUUUUAUUUGUGUUUUAAUAGUUUCCAAUUCUCAGUGCACAACAGUCUUGCUGAUAAAGGUAGCAUCAGCCAGGAACCUGUCCCACUGAUAUAACUCCGAAUAUUUGUACAUAUUUGAUGCUCUACCUGCAGAAGAGCCUGGACUCUGCCUGACACUGCCAGCAGGACCCUGUUGUAGACAAAUAAUCUGCCAUUGUGGCUCUUCCUCGGUUUAAGUUCAGGCAUGGUGACACAAAACUAGAAAUGAAACAAAAAGAGCCAAGAUGAAGAUAUACAGAAUUAAUUAUCCGUUAUUUUCUGAGCCUGGCACCAAUAGCUGUUGUGGUUGAUAUGGUAAAUGGAAUGCUGAAGGAACCUCACACCUGUUGAUAAGUACAAGCGAGUUAUAGAUUGUGUUUUUAGUUUAAUAACUUUGUCAAUAUAUUUUUUUGAUGUUAUAUGGUAUGUAAAUUACCACCUGUGAUGCCAUAACAAGACGGCACAUGCUCAACACUGUUUAAAGAAUGCUGCAGCUCUCAUGAACUGAUACUGCAUUUCAAUGCAAAGUCUGUGAAAUGUAUUUGUGUCACACUGUAAUACACAUUUUAAGUGAGCCUCUGGGAGCAGCGGUCAAUACCAUGUCUGGCCCAAUAGUAUACCACUAAACGUUGUGCUUGUCCAUGCAGAUUGAUAUAGGUCAUUCUGAAUUGACUCACCUUAUUACAAUAGCCAGGAGUUUGGAAAUCUAAAAUAAGCCAAUCUACGUGUCCAUAAUGACAUUCUAAAGGUUUAGUCCAGUCUAAUUGUCUGUCAUGACAGACUUCUUGACCUGACACUAAGUAAUUCAAAUUAGAACAUUUGGGGUCAUUGGCCGGUGAUAUUUAAUAAAGUCUGUAUUUUUCCAAAAUUACAUAAAAAUGACAAAACUGAGGCAAACAAUAGCUGGUAUGGAAAUUCCCCAACUAAGUUCUAACUGCAGCUAGCUAUUUUUGUCUUUGUAAUUUGCAAAAAGUUGGAGUUUAGUCUCUUGCCCCCUGUCCUGAUAGUGUGUUGGCUUGGUGUAAUGUUUGUGUGGUGUGUGCUGGCUUCAUGCAACUCUAAACCUGUCCUCCUUCAGUUAUAUUAUGCAUACAACGCUGUAUUAGUUUCCAGCAUUCAAUGCCUUCAAGGAACCCAUGCAGGAGCCCUGCUGCUUGCACACAGCAGGGAUAAAGGACAAGAAGAAACAGUGUGAAACCCAGAGCUGUAUGUCCUGGGCAUUGGGUGAUACAGGUUCCACAGCCUUGUAGACUGCAGUCUGUGGUGAGACAGAAGCUUGUGGCUUCAGACGUCCAAAUGUCUAGAGCAGGGGUAGGCAACCUUUUAGCAGCACUGUGCCGAUAUAGGAUUGUGAUGUCCCGUAGCGUGCCGAUCCUAUUUUUUUAAAUUGAGGUGUGUAUGCUGCCGUACUCUGCUUGUGUUAUUUUUACUGUAAUUGCUUUGUAUCGUUCUAUUUGUGCGUAUAUGAGCUAUUAUAUUGUAUAUGUUCAUUAGUAGUUUAUGGUAUUGUGUAUGAUACAUAUGAAUGUGGGCUGUGUAUGAGGGUUGCUUGUGGAAUUGUGUGUGGAUGGAUAUGUCACAUUUUGUGUUUGGUAGUAUGUGGGGGCUGUUUGGGUUAUUGCAUGUGAGAGACUGCAUGUGGGGUUGUGUGCAUGUAUGUAUAUGGUUAGUGGUGUUGUGUGUGUGUGUGGGCUGUUCAUAUUAUUUGUAUGAGGGGAGGGUUAUUCUACAUUUCUGUAUAUAUCUAGCAGUGUGGGUGGGUUCCAGUGGGGACCAGGCUGGCCAGGCACAGGUAGCUGUCGAGGGCUGCUCUACUACAGUGUGGAUUCCCAUUCACAAGUGCUGGGAGGAAGUGAUCUGAGAUCACUUCCUCUAUGUGCUGCAAUGCAUAAAUUGAGGUUUGUCCUUCACCACCUCUUCAUAUUAGCAGAUAUCUGAAGUUUUACUGGGACUCCUGAUAGGCCAGAGUGCGUUUGGCUCUAGCAGCCUUGAGUGCCAUGCAAAGACACCUCGAGUGCCGUGCAUGGCACUAGUGCCGUAGGUUGCCUACCCCUGGUCUAGUGACAGUGAUACUGCUGGUGCCGCCCAGACCUAUAGUAACUAGUAAUUUGUGACACAUUUCCCUCUAGCUUGUUGGCUUACCCACAACUGGAUGCUUACAAUUGAAUGUAAUCAACAAAGACAUUUUAUUCUCCCCUUAUACAGUUUUCAGAACAGAUACAAGCCACGAACUGUACAGAGCAGAUACAAUUUAUAUUGUUUUAAUGAGCAUUCUUUGUCUUCUGUUGCUUGCCUUUAAAUCUCACACUGGUUGAUAUUUCUUGUAGAUACUGCAGCUCCUGUAAUCCUCCUUCCUUAUCUAUUACAUAUAUUUAAAAUAAGCACAAACUGUACAUAAAGCAUGGUAAGGUUCUGCAAUACUCCCACUAACGUGAAGUUUAGUCUGAACAUGUACGUUCAAUUAAACGGACACUAUAGUCACCAGAAUAAUUACAGCUUAAUGUAGUUGUUCUGGUGAGUAUAAUCGCUCUCUUCAGGCAUUUUUAUGCAGAAAUUUCAGAGAAAAGGCAGUGUUUACGUUGCUUCCUGGCUCAGUGCUGCACAGUAGGCAGCCGUGCCGUUCAGCGCCCCCACGCUCUGCAUGGAGACGCUGAAUUUUCCUCAUAGAGAUGCAUUGAUUCAGUUCAUCUCUAUGAGGAGGUCCUGAUUGGCCAAAACGGCCAAUCCCUAUGGGAAAGCAUUGGAUUGGCUAAAAAUCGGCCAUUUACGGUGCAAGAAAUAAAAUGAGUUUUAAACUUUUAUAGGGGGGCUAAAAGGGGGGGCAAGCCACCUAAAUGGUGGGUUUAGCACUAUAGGGUCAUUGUUUAGAAGUGUUAGUGCUAUGCAAAAAUAAAAAACUAAUGGUAACGCGUAGCAGUCCUAAAAUUUCAUGCGUUAGUGUACAGCCAAAUUUAUAGAUUCAGUAGUAUUAACAUGACAAUUCCAGCACAGUGACAACUUAUAGACUGUAAGCUCGAUUGAGCAGGGUCCUCUUCAACCUAUUGUUCACGUAAGUUUUUUUUUUUUUUUGUAAUUGUCCUAUUUAUAGUUAAAUCCCUCUCUCAUAAUAUUGUAAAGCGCUACGGAAUCUGUUGGCGCUAUAUAAAUGGCAAUAAUAAUAAUAACUUGUGUUAUAGACUGCCUCCCAGCGUUCUGUGCAAUAUAUCUGCAGUGAUAAGCUUGCACUUGUUGGAAGUGGAGCUUCAGCCUGAGUUUUAUAUGUACUUGAUUGAAGCAUGCCUGCAGGAUGAUGGCAUUUUAUAUAAGCACCCCUCUGAGAAGCACCAUCAUAACAGUGGAUUAUUCUGAAUUAAGCUAUAAGUAAAAGAGCAGCACUAGCUCUUUCAUUGAACACUAUAAAUAAUCCUCUAAUUGGUUACAGACGUCUAUGUAGAAUUCUACUCUACAACUACUGAGACAGGCGGGAAAAUAUAUAUUUCUAAUUUCUCACUAGUAUCAAAUUAUUUGCAUAUGUCUUAUGUUUUCUGUAUAAAGCAUAAGAAUAACUAUCUCCCAUCCAAAUAAAUAUACUGUUAUCCGCUCCUCAAGCCACACAAUAUUUACCUGGAAAAAAAACAAAACGUCAAGGUGUAGUAAAUAGUCUUACUUAUGUGAUCUUACCCCUGCCAAACAGUGGUUGAAACAGACACUGUUUUGUCACCCUUGCAAAUAAAUUCAAUACAUUGCUUAUAGCAGUAGCAUCAGUGGAAUCACACGCUGAUACUAGGAAGAUCUAAGGUGUUUUUGUAAAUAUAAGUUUAUUAAACGUGAAUGGCUCGCUGAGAUUUUAAAAUGGAAGUAUGAGUCUUUAUCACAAAGUACAAGAAAAACAAGCCCUGGCAUUGUUGGUGAUGUUACAAGACGUGAAGUGGAUGCUAAAUUGAAGUAAAUACAUAAAAAAUCUUGCAUUGCUUCUCUGUUUGGGUAUCACAGAUAUGUAGCUUAUUUAAAACGUAUGUUUUCAGUGAAGUGAUAAUGAUAAAUGACCAUGUGUAAAUAAGAGGCCUUAUCAAGUAAACACAGAGUUUGUACAGUUCUGUUUGGAAGCUGUUACACCCUUCUUGAGGAUUUGAGACAACUGGCAAAGAAACUGGGAAGAGUGUAUGCUGAUGGGUAAAUGUAGAAAGCUGCAUCGGGUCCAGAAGUCUUUAAAUAGGACCCAACUACAGCAUCUACACAUAUAUAUUUGGCUAAUAUAGAGUGAAUACACUUGGUUUAUCAUUAAUGCUUUGUUGUGCUCGUUAUUUGGAAGCAACCCAUUUAAUCCUUCUUUGUUAAAGGUAUGAAAGGAACAUUGAAAAAGGAAAAAAGAUAGCAGUGUUUGGGCAGUGACUUUAGUUUACACGGAACCUUUGUAAAAUGCAGAAUUUGGUUUCAUGGAUAUACUGGCACUUAUGAUGCCAGGGGCACGCAGUAACAAAAUUCACCUGGCGAUCUUGACAUUUGUAGGUGAAAGCCGCAUGGCCUUAAGGGAUUUAUUUAUUUGGUCAUGCUAUCUUUCGUAAGUGGGUGUGGCGGAGCUCCCUGUACUCCGCCGGGGACCGCUUCCUAGCUGGAGAACAGAUAGGGGACUAACUCUGUGUGCUCCUAAGGGCGACACAGCCCUGGGAGCUUCUUAGUCCGUACAAGGACUUUCCCCGCUGCAUCCUCCACGAGCUGGAGCAAGCUGGCACAGUGAUUGACCCUUCCCAAACUGGACGUCACACAGUUCUGGGGUCUAACUCUCAAUGCUUUACUGGUACAGUCAAUUUAUACACAGACUCCCGCAGGGGGUCUCCACUCUUUUCAGUACAAGUCUUUCAAUUUUAGACGGGAGGGGGAUGGUUCACAGAUAACCAUCUCCCGCUGUGGGAGAUACCAAUAAUACAUACAGUAAAGCACAUCACAGAUAUUGGGUGAAAGGGCGCAAAACCUGUUUGCACCAAUCGGUGCUCAGGGACUAGAGGUCUUUCGCUGCCCAAUCAAGAGAAAGGGCGCAAAACCAGUUUGCACCAAUCGGAGCCCAGGGAGGAGAGGGGUUUUGCUGCCUAAUUGGGGGAGAGAGCACGAAACCCCAUUUGAACAGGCACUCCUUUACCUAUUUCCGUUUGUGCAGCUCCAGUGCGAACACUGGGCAAAGAAGUAUCUCCUUUCGGGAUACGAAUGCUCCCCUUGGGUGGCGUUCGCCUAUACAAAAUGGCGGCCACCCAGGGGAGCACUCAGUUACUUCCCUUGCGGUUUCGCAUUUGUUACUGGUGUGAACACUCCAAUGAGGUAUCUAGGUGGCCCUCGUUCGGGAGACUAACGAGUUCUGUUCGUAGGAGCACUCCUGAACGGUAAGCAGUUCAUAUUACACAAAAUAUAAGGGGAAACACACAAUACAAGGGAAAAACAAAUGCAUAAGCAGUGGGCAUGGUACUCAGUGACAGCGGUUCGUCACAGUGGGUGGUCUUUUAAAAAAAAAAAAAAAACUAUAGGCACCCAGACCUCUUCAUCUCUGGGUUCCUUGUCCCCGUCCCCUUAGCCCUGCCAUGUAAAACAUUGGAGUGUAAAGACUGCUUCUAGUGGCUGACUCCCUGUAUAUACACGGAAUUUAACUUUGUGAAAUGAUGCUGGAUGUCCUCACACUCGGCAUGAGGAUGUCCAGCAUCUUCAAAUCCCCCAUAGGAAUGCAUUGAGCAUGUACAUUAAAUUUCCCCCAUCGCACAAACUCCUAGCGCAUCAAGCAGAUGACCUAUGCGCCCCUAUCACCACUGACGAAGUACUCUGCCAGGUAGACAAAAUGCCAAAAGGGAAGGCACCAGGCCCAGAUGGCUAUACCAACAUGUACUACACCACCUUCAAACACGAACUGAUCACAGCCCUCACUAGCUUCUACAAUGAGGCCACCAGACGUGGAUCUUUCCCAAAGGAAUUCUUAUCAGCUCAUGUUAUCACCAUCCCCAAACCGGGUAAACCCCCCACUACAAGCCAAAAUUUCAGACCAAUUUCCCUCUUAAAUGCUGACGCAAAACUAUAUGCUAAAAUAUAUGCAGAACGUCUCAAAACAAUCCUACCGACACUAAUCCACACGGACCAGGUGGGGUUCGUGACAGGCAGACAGGGGCCGGACAACACCAGGAAGGUGUUGAACCUAUACAAAAUACUAAAGCAUACCAAACAACCAAGUGUCCUACUAUCUCUUGACGCCGAAAAGGCAUUCGACCGACUAAACUGGCACUUCCUCCAUGAAACCCUACAAGCUUACGGACUUCCAGCCCCCUUCCUAUCUGCAGUCAACGCACUAUACAGCACACCCACGGCAACAGUGCUGAAUUCCGGGUUCUGCUCAAGAACUUUCCCAAUAACAAAUGGGACCCGACAAGGGUGCCCCUUAUCCCCUCUCCUCUACGUGCUGGCCUUGGAACCCUUGGCUAUAGCAAUUCGCAGCAAUGUCAGUAUCCAUGGGGUACCGACGGGCAACACAGAAUAUAAACUCAGCUUAUUUGCCGAUGACAUCUUUCUCACGCUCACGCAACCGCUCAUAUCACUCCCAUCCCUACACACGGAACUCCAGGCUUACAGCCAACAGUCUUACUACAAACUCAAUGUCACCAAAACGCAAGCAAUGUGCCUUAACAUCCCAAAACCCACAGAAGACGCACUUAAAGCAAACCACCACUUCGACUGGAGAGAAGAUUUCCUAGUGUACCUAGGCAUCAAAAUAACGCGCAAAGAAAAAGAACUCUUCCCGGCAAACUACUUAAAACUAUUAAAAGACAUUGACAACCAAUUAAAAACAUGGAGAAGCCUGUUCCUGUCCUGGGUAGGGAGAAUAGCAGCGCUGAAAAUGACGAUUCUACCUAAAAUACUCUACCUUUUAAGAUCUCUGCAAAUCCCAAUCCCACAAAGCUACGUAACAAAACUACAAGCGACACUACUACGCUUCAGUUGGGGAGGCAAACACCCUCGACUCCCCAAAUCGCUUCUAAUGAGAAACGUGCAAUCCGGAGGACUGGGCCUACCCAACAUUAAAGAGUACUACCGAUCCUCCAUCCUCACAAACGUCAUUUACGCCCACUCGACCAGCUAUACCCCUCAAUGGGUAACAAUAGAGAGCAACCACUGCGGAAAUCAAGACCUCCCGACACUGCUCUGGAUGCCUCAACAUCUACGGCACAUACCUACGACUACCCUAGACACCUCCAGACACUUGCUCAAGAUCUGGGAUGCCUGCAGGGAGAAUUUGUGCUCAGCACACCCGUGGACCCUGGCAACCCCGAUCCAAAUCCUGCACCAGUGCAACGGAACAUUCCCAUACCAAAAAUGGAGUAGCGCAGGUAUCACUCAUAUCUACCAUCUAUACACGAAAGACAGGCUGAAAACAUUCCCAGACCUACAAAAAGAAUUCCUACUACCUUCCAGCUUCACGUUCGCAUAUCUCCAAAUCAAAGCGCACCUACGCAACAACAAGAUCACAAACAUCCAAAACUCCCUGCAAACCUCUAUUACGAAAUUCGAAGCACAAUGCUUGACGCGGAUUCCCCCCAAAAAAGCAGUCUCCCUUUGCUACAACAACCUCGCUAACAGAGAUAUACACACCACAUGGAAGUUCAUGCAAGAUUGGCAGAAUGACCUCCAAAUCAUCAUCACACCAGCCGAAUGGGAUAAGAUUUUCACCUCCCAUACAGGACUGACAUCAAGCGCAGCACACCUCGAAGCAUCCAGGAAACUCCUAUACAGAUGGUAUAUGGUCCCAACCCGACUCCACACCAUAUUCCCAAACUCCUCAGACCAAUGCUGGCGCUGCCACGCUGCGAGAGGCACCAUGCUGCACAUGUGGUGGACGUGCAAGCAGGUGAAUCAACUGUGGAAAGAAACAGCCAAACUAAUCAAACGAGUCACGAAACACCAACUACCCCUCGACCCCAAAACGAUCCUACUACGCUCGUUACAGGGAAACAUCCCGAAGCCGAUCCGAAAAAUUAUAUACCUCAUCCUAAGUACAGUAUCCAUACUAAUAGCCAGAAACUGGAAAACAACUACGCUGCCCUCCCUCCAAGACAUAGAAAAAGUAAUGACCUCAACAGUAGAACAUGAACUAAUAAUGUGGAAUCAGUCGAAAAUUGGGAAACUCAGCCCCCACACUGCCACAAUGUGGGAGGACUACCUACGACGAACAGACACAAGACUGACCUGAGCCCCAACACCCAUGAAAAUGACAAAAUCUCGCGAACCAGGCUUACUCUCAGCCGGAGAACACAACCACCCAGCACCCAAACACCCAAGAAGGCACCACACAAAGCUUCAAACAUAUUGUUGUUACAGUCACUACACUACACAGGAUGGCCCCCGCUAGGUACUCCAACCAACAUCCCCUGCCCUACUCCACCCACCCAAUCUCCCCCCCCUUCCUGGCCCCCCCACUACCUACCCCAAGCAAUCACACUUAAGAAAACAACCCUCAACCCCUAACGCUUGCGAAAGCCUCUGCAACCUAUAGGCAAAGCCGGGGAAACGCAGACAACUCCAACUUACCCACUAUCGCGCACGCGAUCAACACUCGCAUUGCGGAGCACGCCUACCAUAAUGUAUACCCCACGAAAGACCACAGGGUUGAUAUUGGCAUAGAUACACGACGACAUUGUCAUAGAUACAUGACGACACUGUAUAAGUUGAGCAAUCAGCAACACCCCCUCGACCUGCUGACAUACCCCCCGCUUACACAUGAAGCUACCAAAAUGUGAUUGUGUCAUCCCCAUGAUAUGUUAACGCUCCCUCUUCUUUUCUGUACCCCAUACCUUUUCUUGAAGAUAAUAAAAAUUUCAAAUUGAAAAAAAAAAAAAAAAAAAUUUCCCCCAUCGCUGACGUCUGAGGAGGCGGACAGUGAUUAAGUACUGAGGGACUUCUGAGCUGCAGUCCGUUAAGAGUUUAACCCUGUAAGGACACAUGACGUGUGACAUGUCAUGAUUCCCUUUUAUUCCAGAAGUUUUGGUCCUUAAAGGACCACUAUAGUACCCUGAGGGUGCCCCCACCCUCAGGGUCCCCCUCCUGCCCGGCUCUGGGGAGAGGAAAGGGGUUAAACUUAACUUUUUCCAGCGCCGGGCGGGGAGCUCUCCUCCUCCAAUCCUCCUCCAAUCCUCCUCCUCUCCUCACAUUCGGCUGAAUGCGCACGUGCGGCUGGAGCUGUGCGCGCAUUCAGCCAGUCUCAUAGGAAAGCAUUUAAAAUGCUUUCCUACGGACGCUUGCGUGCUCUCACUGUGAUUUUCACCAUGAGAAUCACGCAAGCGCCUCUAGCGGCUGUCAAUGAGACAGCCACUAGAGGGAUUGGAGGAAGGAUUAACCCAUAUACAAACAUAGCAGUUUCUCUGAAACUGCUAUGUUUAUUAAAAAAUGGGUUAACCCUAGCUGGACCUGGCACCCAGACCACUUCAUUAAGCUGAAGUGGUCUGGGUGCCUAGAGUGGUCCUUUAAGGGGUUAAAGGGUUAUUCUACCCAUUAUUUGCCGGCGGGGUUGGCACUGGGGCAGAGGGACAUUAUGUUAGGGAUACAGUUUUAUAUUCCUAACACUAGUGUUCCUUUAUAUGCCCUAUUUAUGUUUGAUACAAAUCCAUGGAUAGAAGGCUACAUAGUGAUGACGGUAUAGGAAGUCUUGCAGCGUUAAUAACUAAAGCGAAAUUUGAUGACAAUAAAAACAGGGUCAUUCAAUAAAGUGAGAAUUCAAGGUAAAAGUAGCCAAGUUGGAAACAUUCUCUAACAUUCCGAUGUGCUUCCAGUUCAGCUAAUGUGGCCUUAAACUCAAAAUUCACUUUGAAUUCUCACGUUAGAGAAUAACCCUGAAAGUGAACUUCAGAUUUAAGGCCUAAAUAUGAAGUGGAGUUGUCUUGGAGACUGUCUCUGCUUUGACUAUUUUGGCCUAAAUUUUUUAAUUUCACUUUGCAUUCCCAGCAAUUCUCAAUUUAGCGAACAACCCUGUAUAUAAUGUUAAAAUUACGUACUUUUUAAAUUGAGGGUAAAAAACAUUAGCUUGUCAUUACAUUAUGGGUGCCAUGUGUUCAGUCUGCCCCUGGUGCUACUGCUGUGCAACCUAUAUAAACCAUAUAAGAGAAUCUCUGAAAAUAAGCAUAACACCACCAAGGGCAAACAAGCUAUUGUGAAAGUGUUCACCAUUAUUGAUACUAAUUUAUCAGCUGCUUCAGAAGUUUAUUAAAUCGUAUAGGAUUAAACUUUGUGAUCAUUUAAUCUGAGAGAAAGCCUUGGUAAUCAUUCCCAAUAUGUAAAAAAUAUACAGUUACACCAGGUCAAACACAAACCAUGGCCUAUUAUUUAUUUGAGAGAAAUGUUAAUUUUAGGCAAAAAUAAGCCUCCUAGACAAAGUAGCUUUGAAUAUUCAUCCUUAUAUUUGCAAUGCCGUGGUGAAUUUUGCACAAUUCCUGGUUGAGUUUGUAACGUUUUUGCCAGCUCAAUUUGAUGAUGGUGGUGGUACCCAUAAACUGUUGGAAGAUAGCAUCCCAUGUGCUGCAGAACUGUAACAUCUUGGAUACUUGGGAAGCUUUAAAGGGACACUAUAGUUACCAAAACAACUUUAGCUUAAUGAAGCAGUUUUGCUGUAUAGAUCAUGCCCCUGCAGUCUCACUGCUCAAUUCUCUGCCAUUUAGAAGUUAAAUCACUUUGUUUAUGCAGACCUUGUCACAUCUCCCUGCAUGUGACUUGCACAACUUUCCUAAACACUUCCUGUGAAGAGUCAUCUAAUGUUUAUCCUUCCUUUAUUGCAAGUUCUGUUUAAACCCUUCCCGACCAAGGACAUGCAGGGUACUUCUGACAAAAAACGGUCCUCAAGGACCACGGAGGUACCCUGCACGUCCUAUGGGAAUUAAAUCUCUGGAAGCGAUCAUUGCGUGUAUAUCUAAAUUAUAAAAAAUAUUUAAAAAUUAAUUAACUCCUAAAUGGUAGUGGAUUGAGCAGUGAAACCUGAGAGGCAUGAUCUGUAAACUAAAACUGCUUCAUUAAGCUAAAGUUGAUUAGGUGACUAUAGUGUUCCUUUAAGCUACCGUUUUUGUCAUCCUUGUUUCAUGUAACUCAGAAUGAGAGUUCUAAGGCUGUUUCUGUCAUUCAUCUGCCUCAGAUUAAUUUUUUAAAUAAACAGUUGCUGGUUGGCUGAGAUAUUACAAUCCCUGUUUUGCAAUGUAAUCCAGGCUGCUGUAGUGGGGUAACUAUUUUAUUUGUUGUCUCUGUGAGUCCAAUAUAAGUGCUUACAUGUGCAGCAGCCCCUGUGGAAAGACUCCAGGCUACAUGUCCAGACCACUCCUUUUUAAUGUAAUAGUAAAUACUGGCUUUGAUUUGAUUGUUUUUAAACUGUUGCGACAUUAGUGACCACGUGUGGUGAUGAUGAUGAUAAGCGGGAUUCAAUAAACACCAGAAACAAAUUAGAUUUUUAAGUCAUAUGAUCACAAAAAGGCAAGAAAGCCUUAUUUUAUACUAUGGGAACUUGUCGUAAACAAUAUUUAGGCAGAUGAGGCUAUGUCUGAGCUGCCCGAGGACAGUACAGCUCACAGAAAGCAAUCCUGUGUUAGAUUGUAUUGUCAUAAGACUAAUUUCUAAAUGAAAGCAUCAGCUAAAAUCUGUACACACUUUGCAGUUUAGUCCGUUUAACUUAAAGGGAUACUAUAGUCAUCAGAACAACUACAGCUUAAUGUAGUUAUUUUGGUGUCUAAGCUUUUCCCUGCAGGCAUUUUCAUGUAAACACUGCUUUUUUAGUCAAAAGGUAGUGUUUGCAUUACUGCCUAUGGACACCUCUAGUGGCAGUCACUCAGGCAGACACAGCGUGCAUCACUGACAUUCAGCUUCUCUCACUGUUUUGCCACGCUUGCACAAUAGCCUCCCAAUGCUUUCAUAUGGGAAAGCAUUGGAUUAAAUUAAUUUGUCAAUUUUAUUACCUUUUUAAACAAAACAAGCCGUUUUGGUGUAUAGAUCAUCCCCAUGCAGUCUCACUGCUAAAUUCUCUGCCCUUUAGGUUAAAUGACUUUGUUUAUGCAGCCCUAGUCACACAUCCCUUCUGUUCAUGUGACCUACACAGCCUUUCUAAACACUUCCUUAAAGAGUCAUCUAAGGUUUUAAACUUCCUUGCGCUAUUGUACUUUCUGUUUAUGGUAGAGAAUUGAGCAGUGAGACUAUAGGGGCAUGAUCUAUACGCCAAAACUGCUUCAUUAAGCUGAAGUUACUUUAAUGCCUAUAGUGUCCCUUUAACAAAAAAAAAAGAUUUUCAGGUUGCAACAGAAAGCACAUCUAAAGGGACACUACAGGUACCAAAAACAACUUUUAGUUUAAUGCAGCAGCUUUGGUGUGUAUAUAUCAUGCCCCUGCAGUCUCAGUUCUCUGCCAUUAAUAAGUUAAAUCACUUUUGUUUCUCUUUAUGCCACCCUAACCACACUUUCUCUGGCUGUGACUUAUACAACCUCCAUCAAAAAUUGGUUUCCUUUUCAAUCAGAUGCUAAUUGGUAGUCAAUAUGUGAAAGUUGUCACUUUUCUCUUGUGGCUAGAUUGUUUGAUAUAGAAUUUUAAUUAAGUUAUUUUCUUAUCUAUCUAGUCACGAUAAAGGGCAGGACACGGAAGACGUUAUUGAGUUACAUGAGGGUAAGUGUCAUGUUUUCUUUUUUGUUGUCCACAGUUACUUUAUGGUUUGCUUCAUUUCCCAUUUUCUGUGGUUUCACAGGGUUUCGCAAUGAACGAUUUGUUUGUUUUCUUUUCUUUUUUUCUUUCUUUUUUUCCCUCUUUCUUGAAAGACAAGGUGGAAGCAGCUCCAAAUGGGAAACUAUGGAGUAAAAUGUUAUUCCGUAUGUUUUUUAAUUAUUGUAAAGAUAAUACACAAAAAAUGGUUUCAGAAAAAAAGCAUUCUUCACAUUUAGUUUUCCUCGUUGCACGCUUAGUGGGUUUGCCAGGAACAUUAUAAGUUUUUUUUAAUUUUUUUUUUUUAUAGGAGCAAAGUAAUUUAAUAUCCGGAGACAUAAUCUAUACACCUAGCGGUGGCUGCUCCAAUAAAGAAAGAAGAGCUUUGUAGUCUGCAGUGCAUUCCCUGUUUGUGAUAUGUUUUAUAUUGUGUAUGAUUAUUGAUUGCUACUUACCUUUUGACUCUUGCAGGAGAGGAGACAGCUCCAGACGAGCAUACAGCGGUGGCCAUAGCCACUGUUCAACAAGCUGCUUUUGCAGACCACAAUAUCCAAUACCAGUUCCGCACAGAGAAUAAUGGAGGACAGGUAUAAGCUGUUGUGAGUGUGUCAGGACAAGCUCUAUAAACAAUGCUGUAUUUUUUUUUCCCAUGCAGAAUUUUGUACUAAAGAUACAUCAAAUUCUGUAAUUACAUUUUCUUGGUAAAUAAAGGUUGCAUUGUAUAGAUAUAUUUCUAUUCUUAACACCUUGACGACCGAUGACGGUUCAGGACCGUCAUCGGAAAAAUCCGCUUGGGGACCAAUGACGGUCCUGAACCGUCAUAACGGUCUGGGGCUACUUACCUGAUCGCCAUCGGUCCCCCUGCGGCAAUCAGCGCUCCUCACGGUCCAGGGGGACUGCCUGUCUGCCCGGGCAGUCUCUCCUCGGCAGAUCUGGACCCCGCGGCCACGUGAUUACCUGUGCCUGUGUAUCUGCCUGCAGGGGGACUGUCUGUGCUGACUGGCAGUCUCCCUGCAAGUGAAAAAUCUAAAAUAAAGUUAAAAAAUAAAGCAAUCAGUGUAAAAAAUCAGUGUAAAAAAAGUGUGUUUGUGUAUAUAUAUAUAUAUAUAUAUGUGUGUGUGUGUAUAUGUGAUAUAUGUGUGUGUGUGUAUAUGUGAUAUAUGUGUGUGUGUGUAUAUGUGAUAUAUGUGUGUGUGUGUGUGUGUGUGUAUAUGUGAUAUAUGUGUGUGUGUGUGUGUAUAUGUGAUGUGUGUGUGUGUGUAUAUGUGAUAUGUGUGUGUGUGUAUAUGUGAUAUAUAUAUAUAUAUAUAUAUACAUGUAUUAUAUCUAUAUAUAAUAUAUAUGUCAUACUAAGUGUAUUUUUAUAUAUACGUAUAUUAAUAUAAAAAUACACUUUUAAUUUAAAUUACACACGUGUGUAUAUAUACAAUAUAUAUAUUGUGUAUAUAUAUAUAUAUAUUUAUUAUAAAUUAUAAAUGUUAAUAAAAAUAAAUAACAAAGUAAAAAUUAUUUUUAAUAAUUAAAUUUUUUUUAUAUAUAUAUAUAUCAAAAAACACUUAGAAUUUAAUGAUAUAUAUCUAUGUAUAAAUAAAAAUAUGAAAUAUACAUAUGUCCAUAUACAUAAUUACAUAAAUAAUUUCAUAAAUAUACACGUAGACGUCAAAUAUGUAAAUGUGUAUAUAUAUUAAAAUUCUAUGUGCGUAUUUAUGUAAUAUUUUUACCUAAUUAAGUAAUUUUAAUGAUUGCAAUUUGAGGGACCUGCCAACCAAGGCCGAAAGUCCAGAGAAUUUAAUUUGCUAGCACUGCGUUUAACCCUGUAACUUUCUAUGACUCCCUAAAACCUGUACAUGGGGGGGAACUGUUUUACUCGGGAGACUUCGCUGAACACAAAUAUUAUGUUUCAAAACAGUAAAACAUAUCACAGUGAUGAUAUUGUCAGUGAAAGUGAAUUUUUUUUUUUCAUUUUUCACACACAAACGGCACUUUCACUGAUGAUAUUAUUGGUGUGAUACAUUUUACUGUUCUGAUACACUAAUAUUUGUGUUCAGCGAAGUCUCCUGAGUAUAACAGUACCCCACGUGUAGAGGUUUUAUAGUAUUUGGGAAAGUUACAGGGUCAAAUAUAAGGCUUGAUUUUACUUUUUUUUUUUGAUUGGUUAGGUUGCCUUUGAGAGCGUAUGGUAGCCCAGGAAUGAGAAUUAGCCCCAUGAUGGCAUACCAUUUGCAAAAGAAGACAACCCAAGGUAUUGCAAAUGGGGUAUGUUCAGCCUUUUUUAGUAGCCACUUAGUCACAAACACUGGCCUAAGUUAGCGUUUUUUGCAUUUUUAACACCCAAACAAAUAUAAAUGCUAACUUUGGCCAGUGUUUAUGACUAGGUGGCUACUAAAAAAAGACUGGACAUACCCCAUUUUGAAUACCCUGGGUUGUCUACUUAAAAAAAAAUAUGUACAUGUGAGGUGUGAUUUGGGGAUUUAUGAUGGAUAACGGUGUUGCAGUGUCACUAUUGAUAAAUUUAAAAAAUAUAUAUAUAUAUUGAAACAGCAGUUUCCUACUUGUAUUUAUAGGCAUAUAACUUGCAAUAAAGCAUGUAAACACUGGUUGUUUUUACACUCGGGACAACAUUUUGAAUCUAUUUAGCAGUUUUUUUCAUUAGCUUUUGUAGAUAAGUAAAAGAUUUUUCAAGUAAAAGUCCAAAAACAUGUUUUUUUUUUCAAUUUUUCACCAUAUUUUAUUUUUUUUAAAUAAAAUAUAUGAUAUGAUACAAAUAAUGGUAUGUAAAGAAAGCCCUUCUUGUCCUGAAAAAAACCCAAUAUAUAACUUGUAUGGGAACCUUAAAUGAGAGAGAGGAAAAUUACAGCUAAACACAAACACCACAAAAGUGUCAAAACUGCUCUGGUCCUUAAUGUACAACAUCGCAAAAACAGGCCGGUCCUUAAGGGGUUAAAGAAGCGUUUAUUUCAUUGCUGGGGCACUUUUGAAUUGAUUAUAUGGAUAUCACUGUUUGAAUAAUACAUGUUGAAGCCUAUAUAGUGCCAACCUUAUUACUUGAAAUUGUAUGGGUUAUAUUUUAGUCAUGAAUUUUAUUUCAUUAUUUAGCCAACAACUUUAUUUUGAUGGAGUAUCAUUUAGAAAAGGAAUUCAGAUCUUUAAUCACAUUAGUAACUUGGUCUGAUAAAAUAGUGAGAUAAAAUGAUGUGAUUAUGACAUUUCCUAACUCUUUGAAAGACCUGGGCCCUCUCCUCCUCUUCUUCUUUUUAUUUUUUUUAGUACCAUAAUAAGGAACCUUUCGUGGUCAAUGGGGGGUGCCGUAUCCCAUAAACGCCUGUCAAGUGGCCACGGUUUAACUUAUCACAUAGCAUGAGGGGAAUUGCUCAAUAAGCUGAUGACAACAGUGCUGAUACAUUUAAAAAAGUCCAGUUCAAGAUUUGUAUACUAGAUUGUAGGCAGCAAGCUGUCAGCUAUGCAUGUGAGGUGUCACCGCUCGCCCCUCCCUGGAAAAGGAGGUACUAGUUGUACCGAUCUCACAGAGCUGAGGCGGAAGUAAAGCAAAGUCUCCUUUUUAUUUGUGAGAGCUUGGGGGUAGGUUUGUAGUUCUAAUGAUUUAUGUUAAUAGCUGCAGUCACUCUCAGUAGGGUUUACUCUGCGUGAAAGCUGUUUCACUGAUGCAAAGUUGUUACUGUGUUUAACUUGUAAGAAUUUAGAAUUUUUCUUUCUUUAACCUAAUAUUUGCGUGUAAUGUAUGUAAUUUUGAGUAAGUUUCUGACCAUUCAUCAUUUUGUUUCUCAAUGCUCUGUUCUCUUUUUAGCUUUAGGUAAACAUGGUGUGACUGUGGUUACUUGAUAGUAAAGGCUUGCCUGUGUUUCAUUCAACAUGCAGAUCUUUCAUUAACUUUCUCCUCCCCGUCCUGCAGGUGACAUAUAGAGUUGUCCAGGUGACGGACAGUCAGCUGGAUGGACAGGGGGAUGCAGCAGGAGCAGUCAGCGUUGUUUCCACAGCUGCCUUUACUGGUGCUCAGCAAGCCGUGGCACAGGUGACACAUGCAUUAAGUGUUUUGGGGUUGUGCAGUUGUGAAAAGCUUGACUAAGACUGAAAAGGACACUGAGAAACAACCACUCCAGCUCAUUCCUAAAUAGUUCAAUAUAAAACAGUGGGCAGUGCCCAGAUACUCUAGACAUCAUAACCAACAUUGGGAGCUGGUCCAGAGAGUUUAGAUACCCUCAGGCAUGCUUAUGUCACUCUGAGGGUCCUUUAAUAAUACCUUUUUCAAAAUGGCAAAAAAAUAAUCUAUGUUUUAUUUCCCAGUAUUCUUAAAACUAGAAAAAGUGCAAACAUGUUGUGGGCCUUAUAUGCCCUUACCUUUUGGCAUUUUGCUGGCUGCACAAUGUGUAAGAUAGUUGCUAAAACUAUGUGACAAUACUUUUCCCUUUGAUUUCAAAAGAAGUAUGCUUGUAGCACCAAGACACUAACUGAAGCUGCCAAACGAUCUGAGCUGUUAGAGAAACUUUAAGAAAGACAGCCUUCAUGUAUAUCUUUCUUCUUCUUUUUUUUAUGUUUUCCCAAAAAUGUAUAUAAAUCUAUUAAUGUAAAAUCAACUGGGGUAUGUCUUUUUAAACUGACAUGCCAAGCUCUUAAACAACCAUUGCUGUUUGCUUUGCCUGGCUUAUAGUGCAAGGAAGUCCCACACUCCCUGUGCAACCAGUUGCAACCAGUUGCUUGCAACUACAGUGACUUUAACAAAUUGCUUCAGCUGUUAGCCCACCUCUCUGUGACAGACAUCACAGGAGGAAGCUAUACUUCCUUUGCCUGUCCGAAUACUUGUAUGGCAUGCACUCAGAUGCUCUAAAAUAACCUUCCCUACUGACUACUACUCAGACGUUCUACGCCUGUGCAGCAAACAAGCAUCUACAAUAAGUUUUUUAUUUUUUUUUCUAAAAAUAAAUGGAGCUGCCAAUAAGCUGACCACAGCUGCUAUUAGCUUUGUCAUCAGUUCCAUUUACCUUCUUUGAUGACAUGGUUGCCAAGUCUUGAACUAAUUCUCCCAAAACUUGCUCACAUUUGAAGUUCAUGCUUUUUUUGUUUGAAACGCCUCCACCCUGCAACGUCCCUGUGUGACUGUUGUGAUAUGUGUAAAAUUGUCAUCUGACAUCCUGUGGUAGUGUUCCCAGCCCUCUCAUGUCCUUUGUGGAAGUAGCCAAUUGACAAGUUCCUAUUUUGGCCUAGCUUGUGGUUUUUAGAUUUCGCUAAUGACUUUAAAUGUAACCUAUGUGGUUAUUCUAUGGUUAAGGGGAAAGUUUUGAUGAUUUGGGAUGUACAUGAAUUAUGUAUUAGGAGUGUAUUCUUUUGAAUUUUUACUCUAUUGAAACACAUCUUUCUGUAAUGUUUUGCAGCACAUACUAUUUUUCAUUUUAACCCUUAAAGUGCCUGAGAAUUGAGCACCACAUCACUGUAUAAACUUGUGCUAAAACAUUGAUAAUGACUUGUCUAAAUGUUUACUGUGCACCCGCUGUAAGCCACUAACAUCUUGAAAUCACAACUUGGCAGGCAGUCAUCCAGAAUCCUUUCAGUAAUGGCGGAAGUCCUUCAACAGAUGCAGUCAGUGGAGAGGCACGAUUUGCCUACUUCCCAGCUACUACCGUGGGCGACACAACAGCCGUGUCUGUACAGACAACUGAUCCUGCACUGGCACAGGCAGGAGGUGAGUUUAGUUUCUGACUACUAGUUCGCAGACUAAAUAUUGACUGGUUUUCCACCAAGUUUUGAAGCUAACCUGGUAUAAUAACCAGGCCCACUUGGUAUGAUGGACUUAAUCUUUUUAUCCACGGAAAAUAUGUACAAAGCUAUCUCCCCCUGCUGAUGUAUACAAGUAGUAGUGAACACUACUUAUAAAAGUAUGUAAGUUUAUAAAUUAAACUUUGUCAUCGUAUAAGGUAGUAUACAUGAUAAAGUUUUUAUAAUUUGUGCAUAAUAAGACUGAAAUUCCAUGAGAUUUGACAGCAGAACUUCAAGAGCUUUAAUCACGUGCAAUGAUAAAGUAUUCUGAGGCCCCAGUACAAAGCGUAAACACAGUUUAGUAAAAUCACUGUAUUGUGCUGGUAAAGUCACUUGUAAAUGUGUAUACAGUAUAUAAAAGUGACGCCAUAAAUGUAAAACCUCUCCUGGCACUCAGAUUUCUUGAUGGGUGCUCUUCCUUACUCACUGAAAAAGUAUUGAAGGUGUCAUGGAACACUCUCUGAAGCCUCCUUACCUAUACGGGUUAAACCAUUGACAAACAAUUUAACCUCUAUGGGUAAGGAAGUGGCAGGGACCUCCUGCCACUAUAACAAAUGCAUAUCAGUGAAGUUAUGGUGCCCAGAGUGUUCCUUUAUAUGUAUUCAUUUCUCAUUUCUAAUGCUGCAAUAUUUGUUUAAGGCAUGAAAGUGGGCAUUCCAUAUUCAAAUAUUAUGUGGGUGACGUGCUUCCUUUGGUUAUUGAUAAAGCACAGUCUAUGCACUGCUUCAGGAAUAUUUGCAGUAUGUCCAUUAGCUUAUACACAUUGUAUCUUGGUUUGUUCUAUGGGAGAUAUAUUAAGGUCUCUGACCAUGGCACCUGCAGUAUUUGUAGUUAAUAGAAAUAUUCAAUGCAUUGCAAUAAAAAGAAGCUGGGUCUGUACAAUUAAUAGUUGUGUUACGUAAUGAAUAGCUUAAAUUUCAAACUGUAAUGUUUUACAUUAAGUGCCAUAUUGUCACAUGUAUGACAAAUCAAAUUAUUAAUAUUUUACAUGGUACAGCUCCCAUAAUCAAUACACACUUCAGGUUUAUUAUGAUGCAAAUUAUUCAUUCUAUCACUAGGUCAAUUUUAUGUUAUGAUGACCCCUCAAGAUGUACUUCCAGCUGGAUCACAGCGGUCUAUUGCACCCCGGACGCACCCAUACUCUCCGUACGUAUCAACUAGAGGCACUCUUUGUACUGUCUUAAUAAAUUACAGCGGUGUUCCCAGACCUUUAGCAAAAUAGUUAUUCAUAAAAGAUGUUGCUGACCUAUUCAAAUUAAAGCACUUGUUCUGUAGUGAUCUUAUUUUCACAUUCUGAUAAAACACAGUGCUGUAGUCUGGCUGUGCUGCCAUUAAUGUUGUAUCCAGUGCUCUGCCUUGUGUUUGUAGCCUGCACUGGUACUACACAGGUGUACGUUUCCCUGUGCUACAAUUCCAGUGUAGCACAUAGCUUAGUCUCUUUUUCGGUUUCUGCCUUGCUGAGCAUUGUUAUUGUAAUACAUGUUCAUUUUCAUUGGUCCAACCACUGGUUUUAAAUCCAUGCAUUUUUAUUUUCCCCAUGGAAUGAUUUGAUCCUUCCAGCAUGAUUAAUCAGAAGUUAAGAAAGCACAGAUUAGACUUGUAUCAAUACAGAGCUCGAUACACAUAUGCACCUUAUUCUGUGCUUAUUCAUGCUGAGGAUUGUAUGAAAUCUUGGCAACAUUUUUGUCAAGAGUGGGGGUGUUUGUAUGGAUGUAAUUGUAUUUGUUAGAAGAUCAGUGUGUGAAUACAGGAGUGUGUUUGUGCAAAACAUCAUUGUAUUUAUAUGGAGAUAUUUGUUGACAUCUUGCUUUCUGUCCAUCCUGUCCUCAUGCCUAUUCGUAAGAACAAUCUCUUUAUUACAAGUGAACUUUCCCUUUUUUUUAGUUUUAUAUCAUGAUUAUGUCCUAGUAUUUUGACAAUCUAGAAGUCCAGCUCCUGACAAGGUUUUGUGAAAUAGUGCCAUCUAGUGGCUAUUUAAUUGUUUCAUUUAAAGAGUAACCCUCUCGUCAGAACAGUUUUCAUAUUAUUUUUACUUAAAGGGUUACUUCAAGUACCAUAACCACUUCAGUGUUUUUAAGUGGUUUAGCUUUCUGUUGGAAACUGCACAUACAGAGAUAAAGCCCAGUGCUUCCAGAGGUGUAACUCCACCUCAAGCAGUAUCAUUAGGACUGGUUAAUGUGAAGACUGUACCCCUGUUGUUCUGGCCAUCUCCCAGUAAGUGGGAGAACUUGAACUCCAUCUGGGAUCCAAAUUUAUUUCUUAAGUUUCCUUUAUCUUUGUGUGGGAGGGUCAAUGCCUGUAAGAGCUACUCUAACCAAAUACAGUAUUUUAUUGAAACCCUGUAUGUAACCAAAUAUGUGUUUUGAGAGCUGUGAAUGUAUAUGUAGUAAUUCACACCUCUCUAUCCUGGAACUGAAUGAGCUUAGCCCCUUGUCAGUCUGGAAGUGAGCUUAAAGAUCCAUACAGGGUACAGGAGAAACAAAACCAAUAGGGCAGAUUGAUCAGCGUCAUGGACAGUUUCGCUCCUUUAUUUUUUUUAAAACAAUUUGGGCAAUUUUUAUUUAAUCUAUCAGAUUAUAUAUUUUUUUCCUUUAUGCCAUUUUUCCAGCAACUCAGUAUUUCUGUGACUUUGUUUUUCCCCACUGGAAACAUUCGUUUUACUUCUUUCUCUUUUUUUUUCACUACAUUUUGUGACCCUUUUUUUAAAAAAAUGGAUAAAUCUGUGGAAACUUUGUGAAAAUUAGGCCGAAAAAGGCUUUUGCGUUUUAGAAAAUUUUUAUACAUUUGACCAGAUUACAUCCAAAAAAGAAAAAUGGACACUUUUCAUAACCGCUUGAUAAAUCUCCAACAAUGUGUCCAUUUCUCCACGUCAUUAGUGAUAUGUACUAUCAUAAGGAUCAAAUAGUUAACUCAAGUUAUUACUGAUUUUCAGUGGUUUCAUUUCCAGAGAAGUGACGGUUCCCAAGUAAUUUUUUUAUAUAUAUUUGUGUUUUCUCUAACUCACUAGAGUCUUAUCUGACUGGUUUCAAGCCUCUGUUGGUUUUAUGGCAGUUUAAGUUAAAGUCCGAGCACAAUAUAUUUGCAUUACUUUAUUCAUCAGAUCUUGAGCUUUUGUUUCUACAGAUUAAAUGAAAAUGAUCCUUAGUCAUAUAAGCAGCAACCUGCCACACAAAAAAAAUGUGUGGAUAAUAUCUAUUAUAACAUGUAUAUUUGUUGUCCUUUGCAAUUUUUGUAGUAAAAUGGACGGAAACCGGACUCCUCGAGAUGAAAGGCGCAGAGCACAGCACAAUGAAGGUAAGUUGAAGGCAGAUGUCGCUCCUAUAUUUAAAAAGGGUUCAAAAUCCGUGCCUGGAAAUUAUAGACUUUUGAGCCUAACUUCUGUGACUGGGAAAGUAUUUCAAGGGCUAGUAAGGGGAUAAUAUUCAGGAAUUCAUUGGGAAGAACUGUAUUAACAAUAAUCAGGAUGGUUUUAUGAAACAUAGGUCAUGUCAAACUAAUCUAAUUGGAUUUUGCAAAGGCAUUUGAUACGAUUCCUCACAAUAGGAUAGUGUUCAUACUAAAAGAAAUUGGUCUAGUUGAAAAUUCUUGUAUUUGGGUGAAAACAUUGGUUUAAGAAUAGAGUACAACGAUUUGUCAUUAAUGGUACAUUUUCAAGCUGGAAAAAAAAGUAGUAAGUGGUGUCCCUCAUGGUUCUGUUUUGGGACCGCUUCUAUUUAACAUAUUUAUAAAUGAUCUCGAAAUAGGUAUUGGAAGCCGUGUUUUAGUGUUUGCAGAUGACACAAAACUUUGUAAAGUAAUAAAUUGUGAGCAGGAUAUUGCCUUGCUCCAGAUGGAUUUAGAUAGAUUCGGGAACUUGGCACUAAAAUGGCAGAUUAAAUUUAAUGUAGAGAAAUACAAAGUUAUGCACUUCAGGGUAAAGAAUGCACAAGCAACUUACACCCUAACUGGUAGUGAAUUGGGGAUUACAACACACGAGAAGGAUUUGGGAAUUGUUAUCGACAACAAAUUAGGCAGCAAUAUGCAAUGUCAAUCUGCCGUUGCUAAAUCCAGUAAGGUUUUGUCAUGUAUAAAUAGGGGCAUAAAUUCUCAGGGUGAAAAUAUAAUUUUGCCACUUUAUAAAUCGUUGGUAAGACCACACCUUGAAUAUUCUGUGCAAUUUUGGGCACGUGUUCUAAAGAAAGAUAUCAUGGCACUAGAAAGAGUGCAGAGACGAGUUACAAAAUUCAUAAAAGGAAUGGAGCAUUUUAGUUAUGGAGAGAGGUUAAAAAAAUGUAAAUCUCUUUAGUUUGGGAAAAAAACACGCCUCAGAGGGGAUAUGAUAGUAUAAUAAAAAUAUAUUUGUGGGCAGUACAAAACAUUAUUUGGAAAUCUAUUUAUAAACAGGGCUAUACAUAGGACACAUUCAUUCUCUAUGAGAACAUAAUUCUCAUUUAGUUUCUCUCCUAAACUUCGGGGGGAUUUUUUUAUUUUUUUUGAACCUUUUUAAAAAUAUUGAACACACAUUUAUUUUUGCAGUGGAGCGGCGACGGAGAGAUAAGAUUAACAACUGGAUCGUCCAACUGUCCAAAAUCAUUCCAGACUGCAAUACAGAUACUAGUAAAACUUCAUCAGUAAGCAGAAUCUGUCUCUUUCCCAUUCUUUCACCAACACCAACAGGAAUAUAAAGAAAAGUCUGGGCCAAAGCUCUAAAAGUGUAACAAUUAGCAGAAACAUUCAGUUAGUUUGCACGGCAGUUUCAUUAUUUUUCAGCGUUGCCUAAGUCUGUAGACUCCAUAUUUGUAGUCCUUAUUGCUGUGCAGAUAAAAAAGGCAACCAACAUCAGGAAAGAAAUAAAAAUGGAUAUAACAGACUAGUCCUAUAUUUACAAGCAAUCUGCCAUGCAUGAUAAAUUAAAAUGUAAUCGAGUAGUAUAUGGUAAAAAUGUUGACGGAACACUCUAUGCUCCAUAACCACGACACUAUUUGGUAAGAGGAGUGCCUUGACACCCUUCUGGGUUAAAUAGUCAAGUCGUUUGUGAAUUAUUUGACAGCUAACCUGGGCUCUGCUGAGCACUUAUUAGUCUGCAAAACAGGCUGGAGAGCGGUCAGCUGGCCGUUACGGCUUCGCUAAAUGGAGCUAACUGAAGGUCCUAGUUGGAGCUGCUAGUUUUAGAAAAGGCUACUCCAGGUAAGCUGUCAGACCAUGUAGUGGUUAUGGUCCUUGGAGUGUUCCUUUAAUGACAGUGAAUAGGCACAGAAUAUAGUAACACUCUCUAGACUGUAAUAUCGUUUGAGCAGGGCCCUCAUCUACCUUUUGUUCCUGUGCCACUGUGUAAUUGUCUCAUUUAUUGUGAAUUCCACCCCACCCCCCGCCCCCUUCAUAAAGCGUUGUGGAAUUAGUUGGCACUAUAUAAAUACCAAUAAUAAUAAUCAUUGUAAUUGAUGUUAACAUUUUUAAGUGUCCCUGCACAUCUAAGUAAGACGAACUUACAUUUGAUCUCUUGGUCUUCUCUAAUAUUCUAUGAAAUGUAUAUGUUAAACUUUAUGGUUAUAUUUUAUUUUUCGGAUACUUAGAUGCAGUGAGUAUAGAGGUAAAAACUACAAAUCGGCCACUACAGCAGAAUGUGAACAUCCAUAGUCUUGCAGUGGCCGUUUAGGUCCUCGACCCCCCCACCUAAUUUAACUCACCAUUUCUGCUGUGCCGGUCUCAAGGGGAAGAGCCGCUUACCGGCAAAACGCGCAUCGGGGCUCCUACUCCUAAGUCUCAUCCUGCAGCUGACUUACUAUCAGACCUUAAUGCAUUAUCACGCCACUUGACUUGCCUACCUGACCCUUUACUUAGGUCUUAAGUCCGGUCCCAUCAAUGAACCUCCAGAUUGGUCAUUUAUUUCGUAGAUACUCUGAUUCACCAUUUAGAUUACCUGCCUCUGGAGUUUUCUUUUAGAUUAUUAGCUAGUGCAGCAGUUUCCAGUAUUUACAUUAGGUGCCCUCAAAGGCACAGACUAGCAAUCAAACAAUAGGUGCCCUUGAAGGCACAGUAAUUGCCACUGCACGCACUAGCUAGUAUUUGCUGUUUACCCCCUCUGUGUUACCAGGUAUAUCGGCUUGCUUCAGUGGCCUCAGUAAUCACUUCAUCUAGGGUCUCUUGUUUUUUUUACCCUGAUUUCCUAUCUCAGCCACUUGGAAGUGCCCUUCGUUAGCCUGAUUCACACUGUAAGGGACUUCCCUAUUUAGACAGCUGACCGUUAUGAACUCGAUUCUCUGCAGCUUGCAGUCAAGUAUCGCUUGGAUGAUACUUUGUCUUAACUAUUACCAUAACGAUAGGGAAAUCUCCACACCCUAUAUUCUAUCCAGGCUAGCCUUAACUUGACACAUUCAAGGAAACAUACGUUGAAGAUUGUUAACCGUUUGCCAAAAUAAUCACUUAAGUUAGUAUCAGCUUAUCCUUUGUAUAUAUUGUGUACAUACUUUUUUCUUUACCCUUUUCACCUGUUUUGGUUCAUUCUCCAUCUACUGAUUUAGACUUGGCAAUUAGCCAAGCCUGUUUUAAUAAUAUAAUAAAAGUUCAUUUUUGUUUUACUUUCAGCCACUGAACAAAGUACCUCCCUUCUGUUCUUUACUAAUUAUUUAGGGCUACCCCCUCCAUUCUCUGUCUUGUUCUCUAUUACUGCAUUUAUAUUUGCUUGAUUCCACUAUCCCUAGUUGAUACAGCAAGUACAUUAAUUGGUUAUUCAAGCAAUUAUAUAAUAUUAACACGCAUAAUUUGGUGUAUGCGUAUGUAACUACAGCAAUAUAAUUAGAAUGAUCUAUAGCCUAACCUGUUUGAACAGGAACGACCGCUAUGAGAAAAAAUAAAUACAUUUUACCACUAGGUGGAGCCCAUUUAUUAAAAUUGCAAUUACUGCUAUUUCUGCACAGAUACAAAUACUACUUUAAGGGAACAAAAAUAAAUUGUAUGAACAGUUUAGUAAAUAAACCCUCAAAGAAAGCAUGCAUGUAAUUUGUUUUGCCUAUUUUCUCUGGGGGUACUUGACAUCUUAGCUUUUUUUUUCUCCAGCACAGUCUUUCUCGACUGUGUCGUGGAAUAACCCAUCAAACUCAAAAGGUAGGCGACCACGUAGAAGUCUGCGACCGCCCAGGCACCUGCCUUUUGAGUUUAGCUCCACAGAACUAAAUGAGCAAAACACCUUGCGGCUGUCUGACCAGGUGGAGAAUCAUUAUAAAUAGUUAUAUAUAUUAUUUAGAAUAUUUAGUACUCCUAUAAUGUGCAGUGCUUUCAACUGUCCUUAAAUCCUUGUCUGUAUUUUAGCAAAGUAAAGGUGGCAUCCUCUCCAAAGCAUGUGACUACAUCCGGGAACUUCGACAGACAAACCAACGCAUGCAGGAAACUUACAAGGAGGCAGAGAGACUGCAGAUGGAUAAUGAGUUGCUACGACAACAGGUCAGUAAGUUGAUUAUUCCCAAGUGUCCAUGAAUGCAUUCUCAUGUUGGGCAUAGGGGUUAUGGGAUACACAAAGCAAUCCAAUGCAUAGCAGCAUGAGAACCAGUGCAGUGAUCUCUGCUAUGUCCUGGUCUCUGCAGGCAUCAUUGUAAAGGCAGCAGAUUGUGAGAAAAUACUGCAAAUAAACAACAUUCAAAACACUCUUCUGCGCCACUGUUUAUUUAAAAAAAACACACUAAGCACAAAAGAACUUUAACUUCACAAAGCAGUUUUGAUGUAUAGAUCAUGUCCCCACACCUUUCCUGGUUGUGACUCACACAGCUUAAUUAAAAAAAAAUAAAAGUAUAAUUUUCAAUCCGAUCUUAAAGCACAGUGUGUUCAUUAUAAUGUCGCUCUCUUGCUCUGUAAAUUGAACACACAGGGGGCUGUUACAGAAUAGUAAUAGCAGGUUAUUAACAGAGAAGGAGAGAAGUCUUAUACAUGUACAUUGUGUCAGAAAGUGUUUGAACACCAACAGUUAGUCUCUAUGGUCUUCCCUGCCUCACUCCCUGCACAGAGAAGAACAUAGAGACUAACUUCUUUUAACAACUAUUCCAAUUUCCUUUUAAAACAUGAUGAACUGAUCAUUAUAUUAAAAUACAUUUUUGAAGUGACAGUUGUCUUUUAAAGAGGUUUCCAUGUCAGUGUGUUUAGUGCUUAAAUGUUUCCUUAGACUCUUUGGUACUUGCGAAGUGAUACUUAUUGGAAGUAGGGGGACAAACACACUGACUGAGAGUCCAAAAGAGGUCAGCUAAUAUAUCUAUGUCUGUGUAUUAUCUUCUCUGUCCGUAACCGCAAAAAUAGACAUGGUUUCUAAUAGCGACUUAGAUUGACACCUGUUUUGUGGGUGAAUAGGUCAUCAAUGAAGAGAAUUGUCCUAAAUGCUGUAGCCCAGCAACACAUGCAUCAGCUUCUGCUUCCUAGUCUGCAACCUUCAUGUUUAUCUGUGGGAUUUUCCAUUAGUUUCGGACUAUUUACUUCAUAGGUAUAAGAGACUUGAGAGCCAUCUGAUUUACUCUGGCCAUCUAGCUGUUUAGAAGUUAGAAAGCAAAUGUUUAAAUGUACUGGCCUUGUAGUGUGUGUUUGUCCUGUUCUUGACGUAAUUGUACCUUUUAUUAGAUCGAAGACCAGAAGAAUGAGAAUACCUUACUGAGAGGACAACUGCAGCAGCAUGGCAUUGAUGUGGUAGAGGAGACCCAGAGGCAGUAACUGUCCACCUUUGCACCAUUUCUUUUUGAAGUAGGGUUUUUUGUUGUUUUUCUUUUGUGGGACGAAGAGGAGGAACAAGCCACAAGGAACCAUGAUAUCUACACCCUUCCAUCUGCCCCAUGUUCUCCCAGAACCCCAACUCACUUGCCACCUCCCUUCAUUUAACCCCUUCUAUCUCCUUUAAUUUUAUAGUGUCAAAGACCUUUUGCUUAUCCUUUUUGAAGUACUUUGAGGACAUUAAGGCACAAAUUCAGUGGUUGACAGCCACAGAUCUUCCCAGCAAGAGUGGAGAACCAUUCAGUUGUCCCCUUUCACCUGGAACAUUAAGACGUUAAAAGUAUAUAGGGGCUGGUCCGUUGCCAGUGGGGCCUGUCCCAUAUCUCAACACAGUAUAUUGAAUGGCUGCCAGCCGAAGGCUAGAGAAUUUAAUUGUUUUCCUUCUUUUUGUUUUUUUUUCCUUGUGCAUAUAUAUAAUUUAUAUAUGUAGACGUAUGAACAAUAACAUACACUUUGGCGAUAUCACACAACCUUUCCUUAUUCUGAAAUAUUUUUUUUUAUUUUAUUUUUUCCUUUUUAAAAAUAUUUUUAAUCCUCCACAAUUUGUGGAAGGACAGAUGAUAGCAUACAAAUAAUCUGUUUACGCCAGAAUUGUAUUUCCGAUAGGAACCGAGAGUCUAUAUCUGCACAGAAUGAUGUUUUUAGUUACAGGUUGUAAUAUCCUGCAUCUAGUGGAGGGGUUAGAGAUUGGGCAUGUGAGCUAAGCUUACGUCAGCCAGCACGUCGCUCGCCAGGAGGAAAUUAAACUCCCACAAUUUCCAAAUGAGCUUAGAAAUAUGGGACUGUUGGUUCAUCUGCCACUGAUGAUUAACUGUCAGUUCUGAAUUUAAAUUAAUUGAACUUGUUGAUUGUGAUUUGCUGUUGAAAAAGGAAAAUGUGUUAAAAUAAUUGACUGUCAGGAAUGCAUCAAGCUCUAUUUAAAUGUUGCUCAUAGCUCUGGCACUAAGAUGUUUAUGUAUCUUACAGACAUUAGGUAACUCAAAUGAUCACACCGGCACCUUUUACUUACAGCAAUCAGAUUCAGUCCUGUUUGUGUACUAUACAAACUGUCAUGUGGGCUAUGUCAUAGGGUCUCCAGGCACCAUGGGAGGAUGUCCAUCCAGAUUUACAUUUCUAUUAAACCAUAACUUUCUGCAUUCCUAUUAACAGAGACCAAGGAGACGGCUGUGCAUAUAAUGAUAAUUGUAAGUAAUCCUCUGUCUCUGCAUCUGUGUGCUCUGUUCUAGAAUCCAGGGAGAGCUCAGACUGUGUAUUUUAAAUGGAUCAAGAGAUCAUACCUAUUGCAUUGAAUUGUUGCCCCUGAUCUGGUGUCCUCCUAAUUUUACUGUCAUGAUAAAUUCCUCUUGAAGUCAGCUGGCAAAAAGGUCAUUCUGUACACAAUCAUCUUGUGGAAUUAUAGCUAGUUCUACUUCUCUCCAAGGUAAUGCCAUCUUUGUCAUAUUUCUUGGAGAAAUUACCAUACAACAGCCUUGCAUAUCACAAUAGCAAUUGUUUUUUCACUGUCAGACUGACCUGUCCAACCCAUCAAUGGUUCCAUGUUCCUUCAUUGUAUUAAGAGCACCUGAAUGCCAAAUAAACAGGCUCCACUCUGUUUCACAGUGUGAAGCUGUAAAAUAUCAAUAUGGAAAUGGGAAUAGUUUACUUUGAUUUUAUAUCACCCUCCCACCAGUUGCACCUAGUGAUGGGAACAUUUAACUGCUUUGGACUGUAAGCCAUCAUUCAGAGUGAUCUUGCCUUUCUGUUGGGCCAUGGUACAUCCAGUGUUUUCACUUGGAAUAACUUAUCAGUCGCCUGCAGAAGUCUUCUUUGCCCUAAAUUCCAGUGUUUGAGCACAUCAUUCUUAGAAUCAGAACCCCCCCUGGUAUUUGAUGCUCUAACAUUUAUUUAGGCUCUCCAACUCCAAGGAAGCCUUGGUUUGACCUGAAGGCUUUGUUGUUAAGUAAGAUAUUGGGAGAGGAGAAACAAGUUGUUUUGUGAUAAUUUAGUUUUAUUUUUAAAAUAAUGUUCUGAAGGGUACACUUUAAUUGUUUGGGUACACCUCCAAAUAAAGUCCAGCUGUUAUUAAUAUGGCUUGCACUUCAUGGCUGGAAAGUUUGGAUUGCCCACUUGAGUUUAUUUAUCAAACAGGAAGUUUAUAACCAAUAAUAAGUUUAAGACAAAACUAUUGAGUGGUUGAAAAAUCUGAUGAGACGGUAAGAUUUUUUUCUACCAAAACAUAAUGAAUAGCAAUAGUACAGAUUAGGACUGUGUACUGAUCACUUUUUCAUAUUGAAUGGAUUUUAAUUGCAUGAUGCUGGCUUUUCCAUAAAGAAUACUAUGUCAAAUGCCUUGCUAUUUAUCAAUAUUUUUUAUAUUGUAUAUGGUGCCACAACUCAGUUACACGCUUUAUUCUCUCCUCAUCCCCCUCCAAAAAACUUUCAAAAGUGUUUACAGUUUAUUUCUAUGGAUUUUAUCUAGACUAAUUGCUAUCCUUGUUCAGUUCUGCCCAGAAAGAGAGGAACAGUAAUUUGGCCAAUAGCAAGGACCCUGGGCACCAGGAAUCCAGAAGUGCCUACUACUUUUUUUCUGCAACGGCUAGAACUAUGAAAUUACCAUAAAGAAGCCAUUAGUGGAUAAAAGACAUAUCCUCAAAAUAAAAACUGCUUCCACAAUUCUGCCACUGUUUUUUUUCUUGUCUGCACACACCACAAUAGAGAGGCAGGAGUACGAGCAGUGCUAUUGUCAAGUGACAAGUUCACAAUUUCUAGAAGCAGUCAUGUGGCUGAGCGAUACAUUCUAGCUACGUAAAUAUGAGAUAAAAAGCCUCAUGAUAAUUGUAUUUUAUUAUUCAUUAAUAUCAUAUUUUAGAGUUUUUUUCUAUAGAACAACCUAUCCAAGGACAGAACUGCUUUUUAAAAAAUUUAUCUGCUAGAACAAUACAUGCAAAUGUCACUCUAGCUGGAUGUUCAGACACUGCCACCGAAGAUCGAGGCCAGUCUCCUAGCUCUGUUUUGGGUUUCUCCAGCCCUUCCUGCACCUAUUUUGACUAUUGUCAUUGGCAGAGAGCUACCCAUUGUUUUCCCCAACAGUUUUUCACUGCACAAAAGAUGUCUCUACCAGCCAGCAUCUCUAAAUGUAUUUUAAUAGAACAGCUGGCAUACUUUGAGUAUUCAUAUCUUAUGAAUGUUUAAUUUGUCACGCCUAUUUAAUUUUGCAAAUUUAGAUCUGGUCAGACUAGGCUACUUAUGCAUUUUCGGUAAGAACAAAUUUAAGAGGCUCCAUAGAUGCUGGCUUGGAGUGUACUCAAUGCAAAUAAAUGAACAUGUUUCUUGUAUUUUUCCAGUGUUCCUACACCUUUAAAUUCCUAGUAUUCUAAGCUCAGUACAGAUUCUCUAACUCAAGAAACAAUGAAUGUUCCACCUUCUGUAAUAUAGUUCUAGGCCACACGAUGCAGACUGUUUAUGAUAAGAGAAUGCUUUCUAAAUUUAAGGUUUCAGCUUCCCAAUAAAGUGACAGUUUUUGAAAAUAUUCUGUAAACCUUGUUUAAUUUUUUGAUUUGUUUAGCCCACAUCCUUG